CUUGACCAUACCGUUAACCUACGCACCCUGCAUCAAACCAUGUCACAAGAAGAGAUCUCUCAGAUCGCCUCCACGACCGACAAGACUCGUCUACAAACCUCCCUCGCGAGGGCAGCCGCACGAAAAGGCCCUUCGAUCGGCCAAUGGCUAGAAUUGCCUGGCUACUCACUCGCAAGGACAGUCGCAGGUCUCGGGGAAGACUGGGUUCUCAUAGAUUGUGAACAUGGCAACAUCGACGACAAAGACAUGUACCUCCAAGUCGCGGCCAUCACAGCGGCCGGGGUGUCGCCCAUCGUGCGCAUUCCCGCCCUCGAUACCUGGAUGAUGAAACGGGCGCUCGAUGCAGGGGCCCAUGGAAUCAUGGUCCCAAUGUGCGAGACCAAGGAACAAGCCGAACUCGUGGUCCGAGGCUGCAAGUACCCUUCCGCGCGAUGGCCGCAAGGGAUAAGGGGCACCGGAGCCAUGUUUGCACCGAACGCCUUCAACCAGAACGGGCGAGAGUAUCUCACUCAUGCCAAUGAUAAUAUCACAAUCAUCGUGCAGAUCGAGACGCGCCAGGCGGUCGAGAAUUGCGAGGCUAUCGCAUCCGUCGAGGGCAUUGAUAUGCUCUUUGUCGGCCCAAACGACUUGGCCUCGUCAAUGGGGUACUUUGCUUUUGAUCAUGCAACGAUACCCGAGGUGCAAGAAGCGAUAAUCAAGGUGUUGCGAGCGACUAAAGCAGCUGGAAAGUACGCGGGGCAUUUUGCUUUGUCUGCUGAAGCAGCGGCCGAAAAGUACAUACAAGGGUUUGACUUUGUCAACUCUGGAGCAGACAUCGUCGCUCUUACUUCGUGGAUGUCUUCCGAGAUGAACAGAUUGAAGAAGCUGAUUGAGGGAAGCGAGUCUAAGCCUCGGGGCCCUACGGCAGGCCUGGCAUUCGUCUUCGAAGCACCUCCGCGCCAUGAUCUCCUCGGGAUGAGGUCGCGCUCACUAACUCCUUUGGCUGUCAUUCCGAUGAGCGAUGGCGCUGGUUAG